GCUAUCACGAAACCACUUCUUUGUGAGCUUCAUGCCUGGACUUACCCAUACAACUAUACUCCUGAGUUGCUUGUUUAAUAUGAUAUCCAAUGGAAGCUACUGUUAUAUAGCUAUAUAAGACUCGUGUCUUUCAAACCCACAACGAAUGUCGGCAUCUUUGUUAGCGACUCAUCUUCUGCGCCAUCUGGAGUUUUACGAUUGAAACCUCUAGCUACAUCUCUCCACCCACACAAAGAGAACUAGUACAUAAAUUACAUCGUUUCGGAACAUAUAUCAUGUCUAGCAACGGAAAUACCGAGAUCGGCCAUGCGCUGGUCGAAUUCUCGCUACAUGGUGUCUUUCCUGAGGAAGAACUAUCGUCUCGCCGAGUUACCGUGCAAGAUCUCGCGCCAGCGCUACAAUCCCUAAUCGCAGCGAAGACUAGACUGGAGUCCGACAUACACCAGAUCAACGAAGAGACCGCCCCAGACGUUAACCAAUGGAUCACCAAUGCGAAAUCCCUCGAAGACGACGUAACCCGAUCGAGGAGCUGGGCAAACGACAUUGUACGACGAUCGCAAGCUCCGGAUGUAUCAGGCAAGACGAUUCAAGAAGCCGAAGAGAAGGUCGAAUUCCUACGACGAGAGGCGGAAUAUAAUCAACAAGUUUACCAUGCAUUAAAAAGCAUUAGACAUGUGAAUGAACUUUUGGAUCAAGUUGAACAAGCGCGGGACGAGCGUAGAAUAUUGGAUUCUCUCCAUUUGCUAGAGAAAUCUUGGACGGCGUUGGACGCAAUUCCCGUCAGCAAAUCUUGCCGUGUCAUGAAAUUGUUAGACUUGAGAGCUUUCGAGUUGAAGUCUGCGGUCCAUGAUGUGUUUGAUCGUGUCUGGAAUUCGCUAGUGCAUGUCGAUACGGAGAAUAGAAAAGUUACUGUAUACGGGAGUCGUGAAGAUGAGCAAAUGCGAUUAGACGACGCUGUCGUGGGUUUAAAAGCAUAUAAAGAGCUUGACCAGAGAAUGACUUCAUUUUGGCAUCGUCUUGAUGAGGCUAUUGUUGGGCCGCGAACUAAUAUUGAAGCUCAUGAAUUACCCAGGAUUCAAACAACAGAUUCACAUUUAAAUCUGAGUGGGAGCGCAGAUAAAACCGUCGCUUCUCUAUUUUCUGAUCUCGAUCACGUAAUGACUUAUUUCUCAGAGCGCUUACCCGAAGAGCUCGUUUACUCAUUAUCUAAUAUUAUGAUGCCCGAUUUAAUUCCACGGAUUAUUGGCACAUGGUUAGAUACAGCCGUUCCGGCAUCUCUAGCAGAAAUGGAUGAAUUUCAACAAAUCACCGAAAUUGUAAAGACAUUCUGCAACCGUCUGCAAACCCUCAAAUUUGAUGGAUUUCAGGAGUUACAGGAAUGGGUUGAUGACGCACCGAAAGUGUGGUUAUCUAAAUGUCGCGAAACGGCAUUGGAUUCUGUGCGCACAAAACUCUCACAGGGGCUCGGCCAACCAAAGGAAGUAGAGCGCGUGGAAACUCAGACAGUCUUAAGAUCUGAAGGGAAGGAGUUGGCUGCCAAUGGCGUUGCCCCUCCAGCCAAUGAUGACGAUUGGGGCGCAGCUUGGGAUGACGGGGAGGCGGAUACCAAACAAGACGAUGCGAAGCCAGAGACAAACGAAGACGACGGAACCGACGCAUGGGGCUGGGGAGAAGAUGAGAAUGCUGCUGAAGCGCCCGAAGCGCCUACUGAACAACCUCAGGCGGAGCCACCAGCUGAAGAAGACCCUACGGAAGCCUGGGGAUGGGGUGAGGAGGAUGCCGCAGAAACGGCUCCUGGAGAAUCGGCAGCACCUGUCCCUUCAAAAGAUACACAGACUCGAGAGUUAACAUUGAAAGAGACUUACAACAUCUCUUCCAUGCCAGAACCCGUCCUGGCACUUAUUUCAGCUGUGCUAGAGGAUGCGGCCUUACUUGUUGGGAACGACGCCAACCCAAUGGCGAGAACAGCCGCAGGCCUCUUCUCGCUUCCUACACUUGUCCUCGCUAUGUUCCGUGCUGUCUCACCUUACUACUACACGCUAAACACGGGCGGCAACAUGUUUCUCUACAACGACGCCACCUAUCUCUCGGAGCGCCUCUCGGACUUCGCCAAAACCUGGAAGGCCCGCACGGACCUUCCUCCCCGCGCAAUAACCAUGCUGCGGCUAGACAACGACGUGAAAGCGCUCCAGUCGUUCGCAAACAGGGCCUACACGUCCGAAAUUAGCACGCAGAAGACUGUUCUCCGGGACCUUCUCGGCGGUUCGCAGAACCUGCUCCAGCAAGAUGGGCUCGGGACUUCGGACCUAGAGGCACAGGUCGACAGCGCAACGGGUCACGUGCGAGCCCUUGCCGCGACAUGGUCUACGAUCUUAUCCAAGUCGGCGUGGAGCCAGGCCGUGGGCUCGCUGGUGGACACUCUGGCCGCCAAGCUCGUGGCCGACGUCAUGGACCUCGCCGGCAUCGGCCAGGACGAGGCGUACAACAUCGCCAGCCUAAUCUCCCGCAUCACCGAGCUCGACGACCUAUUCCUACCGCCCGCAGCAGAUGGGGAAACCGCGGUCCCGAGUACUGCAGAGUACGCCGCUAGCUGGCUUAGGCUCAAGUACCUCAGCGAGGUUCUCCAGAGCAACCUCCAGGACGUUAGGUUCUUGUGGAUGGAGAGCGAGCUUAGCUUGUAUUUCACUGUUGCCGAGGUCGUUGAGCUGAUCGGUCUGAGCUUUGUGGAUAAUGCAAGGACGAGGGAGGUCGUGAGGGAGAUCGAGGCGAAUCCCCAGCCGAGGUGAGGUCGGCCGGUGGUGGGUGGGCCAACCUAGGUCCUAGGUAGUGUAUACAUAUCAAUAUUAAUCCAUUUCUACGCUACGUUCAAGUUAUCAGUAUAGUAAUCAUUGAAUCAACUCGAUCGUCGUCUUUGAUAA